CAUGCUCAUGCGAGUAUACGAGUUAGAAUACUUCACCCUAAAAUGCUCGUUUGAGCAUCAACUUUUUCUAAACUUAUUAUUUUGAUCCAAUAAUUCAGCUUUGUGAUUUCUGAACAAAUCAAGGGGCCUAUUAACAAAUUCUGGCCAUCAAGAACUCCAAACAUUGAUGGAAUGAUCAACAAACUUAAGACCACAAUCUCAUUAUCUAUCCCCACAAAAUGAAAGGUUCUCAUAAACCUUUCUACACCACCAACAAAAAUUCACUCUAUCUUCAAAGAAAAACAACUAUGCCAUAUACAUCCAAUCUCACUAUAUUACUCCAUUUCAUCAAAAGAUUACAGCUUUAUACACCAUUAGAUGUCAAAUGAUUGUUCUGAUGAUCAUUUUUUGAACAUCAAGACAAAUCUUACCGUUAGCAUGCCUAUCUUCUAAGUAUAAAAUACUUCAAGAGUGAAGUUUGCACACCAACUGUUUGUUAAAUUGCUUGAACUAAAAUUAUCAUUAACAACUAUCAUGGCAAAGCCAGUUUCAAUUGAAGUGUAUAAUCCCAAUGGAAAAUACAGAGUUAUCAGCACAAAACCCAUGCCCGGUACUAGGUGGAUCAAUCUCUUAGUUGAGCAAGAUGUUAGACUUGAGAUUUGUACUGAGAAGAAAACCAUCUUAUCUGUUGAGGAUAUUAUUGCUUUGAUUGGAAAUAAGUGUGAUGGGGUGAUUGGACAGUUGACUGAGGAUUGGGGAGAGACUUUGUUCUCUGCAUUGAGCAGGGCAGGUGGUAAAGCUUUCAGUAACAUGGCUGUUGGUUACAAUAAUGUUGAUGUUAAAGCUGCCACUAAGUAUGGUAUUGCUGUUGGAAACACUCCUGGAGUCCUCACGGAGACUACAGCAGAACUAGCAGCGUCACUGUCCUUAGCAGCCUCACGAAGGAUAGUUGAAGCAGAUGAGUUUAUGAGGGCUGGUCUGUAUGACGGGUGGCUUCCUCACUUGUUUGUUGGAAACUUGCUUAAAGGGCAAACUGUUGGUGUGAUUGGAGCUGGUCGUAUUGGGUCUGCUUAUGCCAGAAUGAUGGUUGAGGGAUUUAAAAUGAAUCUCAUUUACUUUGAUCUGUACCAAUCAACUCGCCUUGAAAAGUUUGUUACUGCUUACGGUGAAUUUCUGAAGGCUAAUGGUGAGCAACCUGUCACUUGGAAAAGAGCAUCAAGUAUGGAUGAAGUACUUCAACAGGCUGAUCUUAUAAGUUUACACCCUGUAUUGGAUAAAACAACAUAUCAUCUUGUCAACAAAGAGAGACUCUCAAUGAUGAAAAAGGAAGCAAUUCUCAUUAACUGCAGUAGAGGUCCGGUCAUUGAUGAAGUAGCUCUUGUUGAACAUUUGAAAGCAAACCCCAUGUUUCGUGUUGGUCUUGAUGUCUUUGAGGAUGAGCCAUUCAUGAAACCAGGUCUUGCUGACAUGAAGAAUGCGAUUGUGGUACCACACAUUGCAUCAGCUUCUAAGUGGACACGUGAAGGAAUGGCUACUCUGGCAGCUCUGAACGUUCUGGGGAAGAUUAAAGGAUACCCUGUGUGGUCUGACCCGAAUCGUGUUGAGCCAUUCUUGAAUGAGAACGCUCCUCCUCCUCAAGCUAGCCCGAGCAUUGUCAAUGCUAAAGCUUUAAGUUUACCUGUUUCAAAGCUGUAGAAAUUGAAGCUUAGCUUUUAGUAGAGUUUUGCUGCAAUAAUUAAGUUUCAGUCUUUGAGAGUUUGAUUGAAAUACAUGUAACAAGUAUAGUGUACAAUGUAUAUUGACAUCAUAUUGUAUUUUCUUAUACAUUCAUAUGAUGUUUUCAUUUGAAUCAUAUUUUCAUUGAGAA